AUUUGUGUAUUGUCAUUCCUGGGGACAACCUUCACAUGAGACUGAGAUUCCUGAAUAGACAUUUAGAGCUGAUCCAGAAAGCACAAAGACAGAGAAUCCCAGUUGCUGGCAUUGUCCCAAGCACAAAAGAAAAUGAUCGAGGCCCAGGAAUCACUGGCAUUUGAGGAUGUGGCUGUGAAGUUCACCUGGGAAGAGUGGCAGCUUCUAGACCCUGCUCAGAAGAAUCUGUACCGAGAUGUGAUGUUGGAGAACUUCAGAAACCUAGUGUCCGUGGGGUAUCAAGUUACCAAACCAGAUGCACUCUCCAGGUUGAGAAGAGGAGAACUGCCAUGGAGUAUAUUAGAUGAAAUCGAUAGUCGAAACUUUUUAGAAAUCUGGAAAGUUGACGAUCAUCUGCCUGAGCACCUGCAAAAUGAAAGCAGGGUGAAUAGAUCGGAACAACGCCACAAACAUAAUACAUGGGAAAAUAUUUUUCAUCAGCACAGAAGUCAUUUUCCUUUAAGGCAAAAUCAUAAUAUGUUUGACUUACAUGAAAAAUCUGUGAAAUCAAAUUUAACUUUAAUCAACCAGAGUAGAAGCUAUAAAGUAAAGAACUCUACUGAGUUUAAUAGAGAUGAAAAAACCUUUCUUCAUGCUAACCAUGAGCAAUUUCAUACUGAAAUAAAAUUUCCUGAGAGUCAAAAAUCCAAUAGCACUAAGUCUCAAGUCAUUAAGCAUCAGAACACUCACAAAACGGAGAAACUGCAUGUAUGUAGUGAAUGUGGGAAAGCCUUCAUCAGGAAGUCUUGGCUCAUUAGUCAUCAGAUCAUUCAUACAGGAGAGAGACCCCAUAGAUGUUACCUAUGUGGGGAAGCCUUCUUCAGAAAGUUUAAGCUUACUGAACAUCAGAGAAAACAUAGAGGAGAAAAACCUUUUGAGUGCACGGAAUGUGGCAAAGCCUUUCUCAAGAAAUCACAGCUCAAUAGACAUCAGAAAACUCAUACAGGUGAGAAAUGGUAUAAAUGCAGUGAGUGUGGAAAAGGCUACACCCGGAAGAGAAAUCUCAUUAUUCAUCAGCGAACUCAUGCUGGAGAGAAGCCCUACAUAUGCAGUGAAUGUGGAAAAGGCUUCAUCCAUAAGGGAAACCUCAUUAUUCAUCAGCGAAUUCAUACUGGAGAGAAACUCUGCAUAUGUAGUCAGUGUGGAAAAGGCUUCAUGCGGAAGGGAAAUCUCAUUAUUCAUCAGCGAAUUCAUACUGGAGAGAAACCCUAUGUAUGUAGUCAGUGUGGAAAAGGCUUCAUAAAGAAGGGAGAUUUCACUAUUCAUCAGCGAACUCACACUGGAGAGAAACCCUAUACGUGCAGUGAAUGUGGAAAAGGCUUCAGCCAGAAGGGAAAUCUCAUUAUUCAUCAGCGAAUUCAUAGUGGAGAGAAACCCUACAUGUGCACUGAAUGUGGAAAAGGCUUCAUACAGAAAAGAGAUUUCAUUAUUCAUCAGCGAACUCAUACUGGAGAGAAACCCUACACAUGUGGUGAAUGUGGAAAAGACUUCAUCCGGAAACAGUAUCUCAUUAUUCAUCAGCGAAUUCAUAGUGGAGAAAAACCCUAUGUAUGCACUGAAUGUGGAAAACGCUUCAUACAGAAAAGAGAUUUCAUUAUUCAUCAGCGAACUCAUACUGGAGAGAAACCCUAUGUAUGUGGUGAAUGUGGAAAAGGCUUUGUCCGGAAGGGGCAUCUCAUUAUUCAUCAGCGAAUUCAUAGUGGAGAGAAACCUUACAUAUGCACGGAAUGUGGAAAGGGCUUCAUCCAGAAGCGAAAUCUCAUUGUUCAUCAGCAAAGUCAUAGUGGAGAGAAACCAUACAUAUGCACUGAAUGUGGGAAAGGUUUCAUACAGAAGAGAGAUUACAUUAUUCAUCAGCGAAUUCAUACUGGGGAGAAACUCUGCGUAUGCAGUGAAUGUGGAAAAGCCUUCACCCGGAAGGGAAAUCUCACUAUUCAUCAGCGAAUUCAUACUGGAGAGAAACCCUAUGUAUGUAGAGAAUGUGGAAAAGGCUUCAUCCAGAAGGGGAAUCUCAUUAUUCAUCAGCGAAUUCAUAGUGGAGAGAAACCCUAUAUAUGCAUUGAAUGUGGAAAAGGCUUCAACCAGAAGGGAAGCCUCAUUACUCAUCAGCGAACUCAUACUGGAGAGAAACCCUACAUAUGUGGUGAAUGUGGUAAAGGCUUCAGAAAAAAGUCACACCUCAUAACACAUCAGAGAUUUCACAUAGAAAGACUCACUUUAUAUGCAGUAUCUGUGGGCAAUCUUAUUCCCAGGAGUCAAGUUUCAUUGAACAUCAAAAAAUUCACACAGAAGAAAAACCCUUUCAAUGCAGUGAAUGUGGGCAAGCCUUCUCCAUGAAGCAAACGCUCACUGUACAUCAAAGAUCUUAUACAGGAGAGAGAAUGUAUGGCUGCAAUGAGUGUGGAAAAAUGUUUCCGUACAUGUAUAGUCUUGUUACACAUAGCAGAAUACAUACAAGAAAGAAAUGUGUAGACUC